ACAAGACUUCCUGAGACAGGCUAGGUCCGGGCACCCACGUAGGCCAAUGGGUGGCCCCGGGGUGUGGUUGCUGUGCUGCUCCUCCCCGCUGGCGCCCGAGGUCGCUCCGCUCCGCUGUGUUGUCUCCGUCGCUUCCUGGACCAUGGCCAACCUCGAGCGCACCUUCAUCGCCAUCAAGCCCGACGGCGUGCAGCGCGGCCUGGUGGGCGAAAUCAUCAAGCGGUUCGAGCUGAAGGGCUUCCGCCUGGUGGCCAUGAAGUUCAUGCGGGCCAUGGAGGAGCAACUGGAGCAGCACUACAGCGAGCUGAAGGAGCGCCCCUUCUUCCCCAGCCUGGUGCAGUACAUGCACUCGGGGCCCGUGGUCGCCAUGGUCUGGGAGGGGCUGAACGUGGUGAAGACGGGCCGCGUGAUGCUGGGUGAGACCAACCCCGCCGACUCCAAGCCAGGCACCAUCCGCGGGGACUUCUGCAUCCAAGUGGGCAGGAACAUCAUUCAUGGCAGUGACUCAGUAAAAAGCGCGGAGAAGGAGAUCAGACUGUGGUUUAAGCCGGAAGAGCUGGUUGACUACAAGCCCUGUGCUCACAACUGGAUCUAUGAGUAGAGGCGGGAGCGCCAUGCCCUCGCUCCGCCCUCUCGGAGGACAGAUGCAGCCUUCUUUUCUAAAGCCCAUUUCCCAAUAAAGUCUGGCAUGGGGCACAGCGUC